CAAGCCGUUCUUCACAAUGCUUCGCAUAAUAGUUGUUUCAGUACUGGUCAUUUCGUCUAGAGGAAUGCAGCAACCAAGGCUGGUUUACCCCCGCCUACUCGAGGAACGUUCAGAAGAUGGAAGAAUGGUGAUGCAUUUGCAUGAUAAACUGACGCUGAACCUGAGAAAGGCGUCGGUGGCGGCUCGCAACUUUCGCGUCCUGGAACAUGAAGACGGACACGAAGUAACACAUUUUUUCGAUGGCAGAGACCUGGAACAAAAUCUGCACGAAGAUGAAAAACAGCUCGCCACAGUGCACGUCACAAGAAGAGACGGCGGAAUCGAAGUUGAAGGUGUGGUGGGACCACACCACAGAAUCGAGCCAGUGCUCACGAUGGAGAGAUCAGAAGAGGGCCUCAUUCCGCACGUGAUACACGAAAUUGAGAAGAAAGAAAUGGUCGACAUUGAGAGAGCAAUACCUGAAAAAGAUGCUUGGACCGUGAAUGAGAGGAGCUCUGGCACUGGAAACGUUCCCGAAGAAGUUACAGUAGAGAUUUUCAUAGUCAGCGAUGUAUUACAUUUCAGCCACUUUAAGAGUAAUGUUGAAUUAAUAACUUACCUCUGCAUACACGUCAACUCAGUUAACAUGAGGUACGCGGACACAAAAGGCCCAAGGGUGAAAUUUCUUCUAAUCGGAGUCGAGAGAGACCAGUUUAGCACUUACAGGAAUGGUACCGGCAAAUUGAUCGAAAGCCAAUCUUCUCUCGAUAACUUUCGGCAGUACGCCGAUAUGAAAAGAUACGAAUACGGUUAUCCCGAUGUGACGUACCUGAUGACUGGGUAUGAUGCAUACUCCCUAAACGCCGAUGGCACAAAGAACAUGAAUGUGUUAGGACUCGGCUUCGUAGGUGGCUUGUGCACCAAGUUCUUCGUAGCCCUUGGUGAAGACGUCGCUGGUACCUACAGCGGAAUGCAUACUUUGACUCACGAGGGCGGUCACGUGCUGGGCGCUUCUCACGAUCAAAGUAGCCCAAAAUCGUGGAUUCCAGGAGACCCAGGAUCAUUGAGCUGUCCCUGGAGUGACGGUCACAUCAUGAGCUACGUCGACGGUGGAGUGAGACACCAUCGUUUCUCACGGUGCAGUCUGGAGCAAAUUCGAAACCUCGUAAUAUUGCGAGGAUAUGUUUGUUGGAAAGUAGGCAUAACCAAUACUGGGUACACGGAACCGGGGAAGUAUCCCGGCAUGGCAGUAGCGCCCAAUGAAUUCUGCAAAAGCGUUUUUCCGAACGAACGAAACGUGACCGCCGACAUGAAAUCGGACCGCAUGGCACAAUGCAUGAUCAAGUGUCAAUAUCCAGUUGUUCGCCAGCACUGCUUCAGUUACGGUUAUUGCACUACGUACACGUCGGUUAGAUACACGCAUGAACACGCGCUGGACUACAUGCCCUGCACAGCGGACAAGGUUUGUGUCCGAGGCGUGUGCGGAGGAAGCACGAUCAACGUGCCGCAAAGGACGGUCACCACGAGCACGUCAACACGAAGGACAACGACCAGUGUUGCCGAUACUAGUGAAUGUAAAUGCGACUGCAGCUCCACGACAACUGCUCCCGUUAGUACGUAUCCGCCGCGGCGUUCGUAUCCAUGGUGGGCACGCAGGAAUGGGAUCAGACGUAGUCGGGGACAAUAAAUGUGCUUUUCGUUUAA